CUACUGAAACCGUUUUAAUAACAGUACCCUUAUUCGCUAACUUUCGGAUUUUCAGCUGUCAACUGGCCUCAGUUGUCAACCGAACUUUGAUGUCAACUGACAAUUCCAAAACAUCGGUAUUUAGUAUCGCAUGAAGUGGACAUCAGUGGAUAUCUUUUCACGGUGCUUAACGUAAAAACUAUGGUGACUAUCAGGGGUACUCUUGACAACUCUAGUUUUUAUCGACUAUUAUACUGCUAAGGUGGAAAUACCUUAUUAGCAUUACAUUACUACGUUUGAGAGAACGCUUUAUUUUCAGCGUGUUAUACAUUUAAAAACAAUCUGUCUCGGUAAAAUUCAGUAUUUGCUUUCUAUUGUGUGUGAACUUGGUGUCUAAAGUUCCGUGUGGUUGAACAAUAUUUUAACUGAGAACAUUGUGAGUAUUGUAGUUAUUGUGAAUUAAACAACUUAAAUUCCUGUUUUGCAUGCAAAGCAAUAAUUGAUACACCAUUUUAUUAUUAUUUAGGUUUAAAAUGCCAGGACGCAGGAAAGUGUCACUGAGGCAAAUGGAGCUGCUUCUAGAGUUUGCGCAUUCCCAUCGCGACAUAGCGUUGGGCCGCUUUCCGCCAGGUCCUCAGGGAGUGCGGGACACUCGAGAAGCAUGGCGGUCAAUUUCGGUGGCACUUAACUGUGUCGGCAGCGGAGCCACUAAAACGCCGGACCAAUGGCGCCGAUAUUGGAUAGAGUUCAAAGCAAAAACUAAAGGAAAAGCUGCAGACAUGCGGAGGAGCACAUCUGCGACUGGUGGAGGCCCUAACAGGCUGGUCCCUCUUAACUAUAUAGAGGAAAAGAUAUUGUCACUUGGUGACCCACCAACUUCCCAGCCAUCAAUGUCUGGAGCUGUGGCUGUACACACCUCACAGCCUCCGGUGCCUCCUAAGCCCUCAACCUCUACUUAUGAUGAGCAGAUAAUGGAGGUUGAAUGGCUUGACGACAGCCUUCUAGAGGGGACACAGCCUGUGGAGCAGAUGCCUGCUGCAGAGGCUGUGGAGCAGAUGCCUGCUGCAGAGGCUGUGGAGCAGACGCCUGCUGCAGAAGCUGUGGAGCAGACGCCUGCUGCAGAGGCUGUGGAGCAGACGCCUGCUGCAGAGGCUGUGGAGCAGAUGCCUGCUGCAGGGGCUGUGGAGCCCACACUAUCUAGUGAGGCUGCUAUUAGGAAUUCUGAGAGAGAUGGUCCACAAUGUUCAACCCCGAGCCAGCGUCAACGACCACGACGAGCGAAUGUUCGCAGAGAGGAGUCAAUACCUCGUUGGGCCUAUGACCUGGAAUUGAGGAGAAUAGAGGUGGAGACCCGACUCACAGAAGCAGUGGAGGGGAUACUUGGGGUUUUAAGAGACAUUCGGGACGACUACCGCCGGCAAACAAACCGGGAAUGAUUACCUACUGCGUUGGUCUAGUUGUCGUUCCGAAUGUUGAAAACAAUGUAUCCUCCGCGGCCCCCCCCUCUAUCUUUUGGGUCCAAUGUUUAAAAACGUCAGCGGUUUUACCCAUGCCCAUAGGACCCCUUGUAAGUGGAUGUCUACACCCUACGUUGUGAUUGUUAAUUAGUUUUUAUAUUAAAAAAGAUUUUAAUUAGAAUAAUUAUUAUUAAGUGAAAUUUUAAAUAAUGUUGUACCUUUUAUUCUAAGAAUAAAUAGCGUUUAUAAGA